AUGAUUGAUGUCUAUAAUCAAAGUUUGCUGGCAGAAGCUGAUAAUACCGCUAGAACCAAGGCAAAGAGAAAUAUAUCACUGCUGAAUAUGAAAAAACUUGACAAUGAUGGGUUCAAGAGUUUGAUGAUUAAGAAUGAGUUGGAUGCGUCCAUCAUUCCAGAAUAUGGGUUUUCUGCUGUACUCGCGAUAGGUGGACACCCUGGAAUUGUUGUUCCAUCUGGGUAUAAGGAUGAUGGAAUGCUUAUUGGAAUAAGUUUCAGUAAAUUAAGAGGUUCAGAACCAAAGCUGAUCGAAAUUGCUUAUGGGUUCGAGCAGAUUAUACUGAUUAGGAAACCGCCUCCCUCAAUAAUAUUUGACAAGGUCCGAGUGUAG